GUGCUGUGCAGCAGAGCCAGGUUGGUUUCCUACCUGCCAGGAUUCCCCUCCUUGCUCAGCAGGGUUGGAAAUUCCAGAACUUUCUCCACUGCCGGAUCCUCGGGCUCCGAUGAGCCCCUCGUGGCUGCUGCGCCCCCGGAGCUCUCCCCCAGGACGGGUUCUGAUGCUCCCCAGAAGCAGCAGAUCAAUAAUGCUGAAAGCUACUUUGAAAAUGCCAAGGUGGAAUGUGCAGUGCAAGCCUGUCCUGAGCUGCUGAGAAAAGACCUGCAGGCGCUGUUCCCCGAGGCGCAGCCCCAGCGCCUGACGGUGCUGACGGUGACCCAGAGGAGCCAGCACGACAUGAGCGUGUGGAGCCACGAGGUGGAGCAGGAGAGGGAGGCGCUGCUGGAGAACGUCAGUGCAGCACCAAAGCCCAAUGCCCGUCCUGUACAUCCCUUUUUUGGGCCUUACAGCAACAACCCCCUGCUGGAGACGGACGAGCGCUACCGGCACUUGGGCUUUGCUGUGGAUGACCUGGGCUGCUGCAAAGUGAUCAGGCACCACCUGUGGGGCACCCACGUGCUGGUGGGCACCAUCUUCACCAACGCUGAGCCCGACAGCCCCAUCAUGAGGAAACUCAGUGGCCACUGAGCCCUCCCUGCUGCCAUCCUGCCCUUCUCGGUGUCACCAGGCCUUCCUCGCUCUGGGUGUUCUUAGAGAAUAAAAGUAGCUGGGAUUUAA